GAGCAGAGCCGCGCCCGGCCGGCACCAUGCGCUCCCGGACCCUGCUGGCCGCCCUGUGCCUCUGGCUGCUGCCCGGCUCCGCCGCCUACUUCGGCCUGACCGGGAAGGAAGGUCUGACCCAUCUUCCCUCACUGGGCCCCUCUGCGAACCCUGCCCAAGGGAAGGCGCACCUGAAGCAGUGUGACUUGCUCAAGCUGUCCCGUAAGCAGAAGAGGCUCUGCCAGCGGGAGCCGGGGCUGGUGGAGACCCUGCGGGAUGCCAUCCGGCUCAGCAUCAUGGAGUGCCAGUACCAGUUCCGCAACGAGCGCUGGAACUGCAGCCUGGAUGGACGGACCAGCCUGUUGAAGAGAGGUUUUAAGGAAACUGCCUUCCUGUAUGCAGUGUCCUCUGCGGCGCUUACCCACUCCCUGGCCCGGGCGUGCAGCGCUGGACGCAUGGAGCGCUGCACCUGCGAUGACUCUCCGGACCUGGAGAACCGUAAGGCCUGGCAGUGGGGAGUAUGUGGCGACAACCUCAAAUACAGCACCAAGUUCCUUAAAAACUUCCUGGGCCAGAAGAAGAUCGGCAAAGACCUGCGGGCUAAGAUGGAUAUCCACAACACCAACGUGGGCAUCAAGGCCGUGAAGAAUGGUCUCAAAACCACGUGCAAGUGCCACGGCGUCUCGGGCUCCUGUGCCGUGAGGACCUGCUGGAAGCAGCUCUCCCCUUUCCAUGAGACUGGCAAGAUCCUCAAGCUGCGCUUUGACGACGCCGUCAAGAUCUUCAGCGCCACGAAUGAUGCCGUGGGGCACUCUGAGCUCGUGGGCACGCAGAGACGCAGCCACUCCCCCAAAAGCCCAGCUACUCCACGCUCCACGGAUCUGGUGUACCUGGAGGACUCUCCCAGCUUCUGCCGGCCCAGCAAAUACUCGCUGGGCACUGCCGGAAGGACAUGCUCCCGGGAGGCCAGCUGUGACAGCCUGUGCUGUGGGCGUGGCUACAAUACGCAGAGCCGGAUGGUCACCUUCUCUUGCCACUGCCAAGUGCAGUGGUGCUGCUAUGUGGAAUGCCAGCAGUGCAUGCAGGAGGAGGUGAUCUACAGCUGCAAGCAGUAGGGCUCGCGUCGGGAAAGGAAUCCAUGCAAAGCGCAGGAGUGAGCCGGGGCCCCGUUCUGGGGUGAGGCAGAGGCAGGCACUGCUUGCUGCAAGGCGCUCAGCUCCUUCUCUCUCUGCAUGCGGAGGGGCCAUGGCACAGGAUACGCUGGAUUGUCCCGUGAACCAGGGGUGCGAACAAUGUGCAUUUUAAUGUGGCUAAGUGUCUAUAGCUAGGAACAAAGAAUAUAGGCCAUGAAUACAGCCUGGGGGACUGCGUCCUGUGACUCUGAACAAGAGCUGGGGGUCAUGGUGGACAAUCAGCUGAACAGGAGCUCCCAGAGGGAUUCUGUGGCCAAAAGAGCUAAUGCGAGUCUGGGUUAAACGGGGGGCCUCUUGAGUAGGAAUAGAGUUUAUUUUUCCUCUGUAUUUGGCACUUGUGUGCCCACUGCUGCAAUACUGUGUCCACUUCUGGUAGCAACACUUCAGGAAAGGUGUUGAGAGAUUGGAGCGGGUUCAGCGAAGAGCCACGAAAAUGAUUCAAGGAUUAGAAAACAUGACAGACUCAAGGAGCGCAAUCUGCUUAGCUUAACAGAGACGGUUAAGGGGUGACUUGAUUUUUUUCAAUCCAGCAGCGAAAGAUGCAACACGAUCCAAUGGCUGGAAGUUGAAGCUAGCCCAAUUCAGGCUGGAAAUAAAGCACACGUUUUUAACAGUGA